UGACGGUUACCCCUUCCUUAAAGAACCAUGGGAAACUCAGUGCCGUCCAAAUUAGUGGCAGAUGUGGUUCCCGUGAACUCGGAGACGACCUUCUUCCCAGGCGCUCAUAACGCGUACAACGCCAAGUUCUGUCUUUGCACCUCCGGUGGUGGCGCGCGUGCCAUGACGCACACCAUGGGGGUGUACCGAGCCUUGCACGAGAUGGGCAUUUUGGAGGAGGUCGAUGGGAUCAGCUCGGUGUCGGGUGGCACUUGGGCCUCGUCCAUCUACAUGUUCGGCAAAGACUUCGAGGGCAAAGCCAUCGACACUAGCACGAUGCUGGGGCCACGCAGCAACCCGCAGCAGCUGACGAUGGAAGUGUUGAGACAGGAAGCCCCGCCCUUGGCCAGGGGCUUGACGAAGGGCAACUCCAGCGAGCUAUUGAAGAAGCACGCGGGCACCAGGCGAGACAACGAGGUUUGGGCACGCGUUGUGGCGGAUAUGCUCUUGGAACCCUUCGGCUUAGCGAGUUUCGAUUGCUCUGUGGCGAAGAGCGAGGAGGAUGUCGAACGCAUCAAGGAGGAAAAUCCGCAGAUCAAGGAUUGGAGCUUCAAGACGCCUCGCACGGAUCGACCCAAAUUCUUCGUGAUGAAUGGAGCAUUGUUGGCGCCAAAGGACCAUUCGAUCAAUGAGGACAACUUGGUCUCCUUCCAGAUGUCGCCAGACUACACUGGCAGCCCCUUUUAUCCCCAGGACAAGAUUUUGCAGUUCGCGCCGGACGUGACGUAUCCCCCGGCGCCGUUGUGUUGCAUCUACCCCUGUUGGAGAAGCGCUAUGACGCUGAGCGUCGGGGGUGGCUUCAUCGAAUCCUUCGCCUUUGGUGGCGAGGCGCCCACGCCCGCGGCACAGCGGGGCGGAUCUCAGGUCUCUGUACCCGCACCAGCAUCACGCUUCUCGUUGCCCGAGAUGGUGGGCAUCAGCAGUUAUGCCCCUGCCUCUGCCUUCUCAAAUAGGCGUAUCACCAAUACCUGGUUGAACAUCCGGAAGCUGUACUGGCCCAUCACCAGCCGCACUGUCCCAACGCCUCAGGAGGCGCAUGAAUACGCGCUGGGUGACGGCGGUGCCAUUGACAAUAGUGGCCUGCUGCCUUUGCUUCAGCGCAGGGCCAGGAAGGUGAUCUGGAUUGCAACCUCCUACAUGCCCAUGACGGAGUACGACUAUGAGAAGGCGACCUUCGGGAACUUCGACCCCUAUGAAGCUCAGGUGGUGGACCAGGUGGCCGCGGCCUUUGGAUAUGGCCUGAACAACAAGGAUGAAGGCUACUUCUACUCCAACAACCAGGUCUUCAAAAAAACUGAGCUGCUGCCCAUUUGCCGAAAACUGUGGAACCUGAAGUCACAGGGAAAACCGUGCGUCCUCAAAGAGACUUUGGAAGUCUUGCCCAACAACUAUUGGGGCAUUGUCGGAGGAUAUGAGGUCUCCCUGUUGCUGGUCUACUUGGACCAGUGCACGGACUUCCAGAAGCAGCUUCCGGAGGAAGUGCAGCAGGAAAUCGCCAAAGGUGCCGGCGGCGCGUUCGAGAACUUUCCCAUCUACAAGACCCGACUGGGCUGCCGUUAA